AUGUGGAAGAAACUAGGGCUGCCGAGGCCCAUCCCCUCCGACAGUGAUGACGAAGCGCGGGACACCCCUCCACCAGCCACCACCAGCACUGAAACACCACCGGCCACUGGAACAGAGACAGGACGCACCGACUCACCGGCCGUCCAGACAUAUCACCGGCAAAGGAAACGGCCAAGAACGCCGACACCACCUCCACCGCCGAUAUCAGAGCCAGAACCAGAAACCACCAUUGCUACACAUCCCGCAAGACAUGAGGAAGGUGAUGCACCCACUGAAGUGCCCAGCAAUUUGCCCACUGACGCGCCCACUAGUACGCCCAGUGAUUUCACCAGCAAUUUGCUAAGCGCUAUGCCUAGUGAUAUGCCCACUGAUGCGCCCAGCAAUGUGCCAAACGCUAUGCCUAGCGGUGUGCCCACUGAUGUGCCCACUGAUGCGCCCACAGACUUACCAAGCGACACACUCAGUGAUAUGCCCAGCAAUUUGCCCAGCGAUUUGCCCAGGCCAGCGUACCCUGAUCACAUCGUCAAAUCACUGACAUUCAACAAAAUUUCUUAG